AUGUUGACUCUUCUCCGCGCUUUUGCGGUUUGCACCGUCAUUGUCCAAAUUGCUUUGGGAGCUCCAGCUUCCCAGGCCAUCAGCAAAAAUGCUCGUUGUGGAGCAUCCUUUGGAAGUCUCACUUGCAAGGGCGGUUCAUUCGGUAAUUGCUGCUCGCAGUACGGUCACUGUGGUUCAAGCAGCGCGUAUUGUGGUCAAGGUUGCCAGUCCGGCUACGGAACAUGCAGCUCCUCACCAUCUGUACCUCCUCCAACGCAGAUACUGUUCAGGUUCAAAGUUCGGGGACUGUUGCAGCUUUGGCUGAACGAGUAUAAUCAUAGUGAUCAUGGGUGGUGCGGUCGGUCGGCAGCAUACCGUGGAAAGGGAUGCAAUCCGCUCUACGGAAAUUGCACCGACGGGCAACCUUCUUCAACACGCGCCAUUCCAAGCCAGAGCUCUGUUCGCUCUGUCCCGUUGCCGUCUUCGUCUCAAUUCGUCGUGUCAACCAACGCUCGCUGUGGUAGUGCAUACGAAGCUUUCCCGAAAGGCAUGACCUGUCGUGGCUCCAAGUUCGGCAAUUGUUGCAGUCAAUACUCAUACUGUGGAUCUGGAGAAAGCUAUUGUGGUAAAGGUUGCCAACCAGGAUUUGGCAACUGCGAUGCCAGGCUAUCGGCGCCUGUCAGCAGUUCGACAUAUCUCGCAUCAACUUCGAAGACCUCCAUGAUCGAGGUGACCUCGACUUCCUCUGCCACGAGCACAUUUGCAUUACCGUCAUCAAGUUUCACGCCUGAUGUAUUUUCAUCGAGUUCCACGCCUGUCGUAUCCUCAUCGAGUUCCAUAAGCGCACUAUCCUUGAUAGCGGUUGAUACACCAUCUCUCGCAUCGUCUGUCGCAAUAUCGAGUGGCUCCUCAGACGUCCAGUCGACCACUACUCAAACUUCCUCAUCUACACUAUCCCAAACACCUGUGCUCAGUUCCUUGGUUGGUUCGCCGAUGCCAACACCAACAACAACACUAGGAGACUCUCCCAGCUCGUCAGUCGUUCCGACUGUCGAUUCAUCCACCACAGUCUCAUCAUCCGAAGUCGCAACUUCCACACCCACGUCAUCCUCUGAAGCCUCCAUUUCGACCCCUAUAUCCUUGAUCGAUAAUCCUUCUACAACUGUGGCAUCAACGAGUAGCGUGCUGAACACACCUGCACCUGCACCAACAUCCCUGCUUUUGAAUGGUGAUUUCGAAGCAACUGCAGCGGCAGACAUCGCAUGGAAGAUCAGAUUGGGCGGACCGACCUACAACUUCAUGACAUCUGAUACGAUCACAGCGCCAUACAGCGGUACCCAAGUGGGCUCCUUGACUUACUCGGCCAACUCCGCGCCUUUCAUCGCUAUGUCUGGCCAGAACAUAAACCUGCGCGCUGACACGAACUACAAGCUUUCAGCCUAUGGCCAAUCCUCCUUGCUCAAUGACCUUCACCAUAUCGCAAACAACUGGUACCAGCGUACUUAA